AGGCAGCGACUGCUCGUUUACGGAAGCGCGCUCUCUCUUUCUCGUGCUGAGCCGGACGUCUGCUUUAAUUUGAAGGGCACGGGAUAAAGGCACAGGACACAGGCGCGCGCGUGCUGCUGCAGUCUGUGUCUUUAAACGCAGGAGGAGACAUUUGUGUGUUUGUGAGAUGUAGCCUGCCUGGCAAGACUGUCGCCAGCAUCGCUCCAAACCCACCUGCUCCUGGUCCCUGUCAUUUCCCCGCUGAGGAAGGAAGGGAGGGGUUGGGAUGCCGAUGGUUUCAUCUGGUCAGGCGUCUGGAAAAGAAAGUUCCGCGUGCUUUGGUUAACCUUUCGCUUCUUCUUCUUGUAAAUUCACAUCUUCCACCGAGCCUACAUCUGGUUUACUCAAGAUCCACCAGCUCUUAAAAACCCUCAACACAGAAGAACCAUAACAGAAAUCUUAAGAAAUGGACCAAGAUAAUCCGUGCCAAAGUCAGACACAAGAAGAUAACCCAAAUGGUGCAGCAGAAGCUUUAACAACAGCUCCAGCCACUAAUUCUACUGCUGCCCAGCCUGGAGGUCCUGCCAGGCCUCGACGGCCCCAGAGAAGUGCCAGAGUAGAAGGCUCUGUAGACAUCUCUGAACCCAAAGCAGAGCCCGAAGAUGAGCCCACUCCAGUGGCUAACCAGGACGUGGCAAUUCAUCCCAAACCCUCUCGAGCUGCAGCAGCCAAACCCUUUGGAGAGCGCACCGGGCCCAGCAUUAAGACUGGUCCUAAAGGUCCAGGUCACCACCCGGUUAGGGCUGCCUCAGUCCCCCACCCACCUGUGCCUCCUCACCUGAUCCCUCAUGCACAGAGAGCCCUCUCUGUAGCAGGUACAGCUGACACUCAGGCCCAGACUGUGGAAGACUUCAGGGUGCACAUCAUCACUUGGAACGUGGGUUCGGCCAUGCCACCUGAUGACAUCACUUCCUUGCUGGGGCUGAACGUGGGGGAUGGAAACACAGACAUGUACAUUAUUGGGCUGCAGGAAGUGAACUCUAUGAUUAACAAAAGGCUGAAAGAUGUCCUCUUCACAGACCAGUGGAGCGAGGUCUGCAUGGAGAGACUCAGCCCCUUUGGUUAUGUGCUGGUGACUUCACAGCGGAUGCAGGGGUUGUUACUGCUGGUCUUUGCCAAAUACUUCCAUCUGCCCUUCCUGCGCGGAGUCCAGACUGAGACCACCCGCACUGGCCUAGGGGGUUACUGGGGGAAUAAAGGUGGUGUGAGCGCCCGCAUGUCAGUGUUCGGCCACACCAUCUGCUUCCUCAACUGCCACCUGCCGGCUCACAUGGAAAACUCAGAUCAGCGCAUGGAGGACUUUGAGAGCAUCCUGCAGCAGCAGCAGUUUGAGGGUCAGGCUGCCACUGGGGUUCUUGACCAUGAUGUUGUGUUCUGGUUUGGGGAUCUCAAUUUCCGCAUUAAUGACCUGGAAAUGCAAGUGGUAAAAUCAGCCAUCGAUAACAACAAGUUUCCGAUGUUGUGGGAAAAGGACCAGCUCAAUAUGGCCAAAGACAGUGAGACAGUGUUGGAGGGUUUCCAAGAAGGACCGCUGAAAUUCCCUCCCACCUACAAGUUUGACAUUGGAACAAAUACAUACGACACAAGCGGGAAGAAGCGUAAACCAGCUUGGACCGACCGGAUCCUGUGGCGCCUGAGAGCCACCGCACCUACUGUUGCUGGGAAGCGUGGCUCCAUCUCUGGGCUGACCAGUGGGACCAAAGUAACACAGCACUGCUACCGAAGUCAAAUGGAAUACACUGUCAGUGACCAUAAACCAGUCUCCUCCAUAUUUACCCUGCAGUUCCCGUACAAAGUGGAUAUUCCCCUGGUCACACUCAUAGUGGAGGAUGAGUGGAACAGUAUUGCUGAUGCGACAGCAAAAUUCAAACUGGCGCCCAACUUCUCUCGCAGCUCCUGGGACUGGAUCGGACUGUACAGGGUGGGUUUCAAACACCAUAAGGACUAUGUGGGAUAUGUGUGGGCCAAGCAAGAGGAAGCUGAUUUUCAUCGACAAGAACAUCAGGUAACCUUUACCGAGGAGGAAUUGCCCAAAGGCUCAGGGGACUUCAUCUUGGGUUACUAUAGCAACAACAUGAGCACCAUUGUGGGUGUAACGGAGCCAUUUCAGAUUCAGCUUCCCACUUCAGAUCUUGACAACAGCUCUUCAGACAGCUCUGACUUCAGCUCAGAAGAUGACAGCACUGUUGUCCUCAUGAAGACAAGGUCCCGCAGUCCCAGUCCACGCAAGAGCAAGCACCGCAGCCAUCGCAGUGGCAGCCACAGCCGCAGUCACAGCCGUAGUCACAGCCGCUGUCGCUCUGGCAGCCCUGUAUAUAGAAAAAUGAAAGAGCCCAACAUCACUGAAGAUUCUCCAUCAAGCGCCACAACAACAGCCGAGAGUGAGUCCAAAGGAUGUCCAGCAGAGGGCAGCAGCAGCCAGGUGUCUGCUCCUGGGGAGAAAUAAAAGGACAUAGGGGAUUCAGGGCUGUGAUGCACUGAAUCCUGCUGUUGUCACAGGUCACAUAGCCAACUGUUGUGUCUUUUAUUAAAUACAUCCACUAUACUGUAUGUUUUCUGUAAUGAAAACAUACAGUUUCUGAUGCCAUCCUUUUCAGGAAAAGCCAACUGGUUUGUCCAGGGGGCUUACUUUGCCUUGAGUUGUUCUCUAAAGCUGUGCACAUUGUAUAUUUUUUAUUUGUUAACCUUUCACUCUGUCCUAUGUUUCUUCUAUCUUUGUCCGUUCUCAGGUUUGGACAGUACAGGGAACUGACACCUUGGAUUAGGAAAUACUCAAGGAUUUAUGGUCAUAUAGAGUAAAGGAUUGGUUACUUAAUACGUUUUAGAAACCAUCUUCCCCAUAUUCCGAAAGUGGUUUGAACCUCUGCACUGACGUUCCAUGCAGUCAUGUCAGCAGACUGCAUACAAGCGCUUUUAAGAUGAGAAGUAUGACAGACUCUUUCUCACAAUUCACUCUGUUUGCUUUAGUUGUGGAGCAUGUAUCUAUCAUGAAACAAAUCUGCUCAAACCAAGAGGUGGUAGUGAAAAAUGCAUUGUUUUCCAAAACAUCCUAUCACCAGCUCAGCACCUAUCAACAGUCACUCAUAUGAUUAGUUUCUGCAAAUCUGCAAAUGGAGAUAGCAAUGCUAUUGUAGUUCUACUCUUGACAUUUGCAAUGAUCCACCAAUGGGUAUAAAGUCCCUCUAGGGUGCUUAAAAACAGAGUAGAACCAAAGUAAGUAGAGACUGGGGUUUGGGGGGGGUCUCAGCAACUAUCCACAGCAGCAGCAUAGCACAUGUCAGCGUAGAGAGUGAAUGUGAGCGUAAAGGUCUUUAAAUAGACAUCAAAUCAGUGCAGUGGGAUGUGGUGGGUGUGUGAGCCUCGUUGUUAGCUGACAUGGCAUUUCUGUCUUGCUAGAAGUAGUUCAUUAAUUGUUGGCCAUUAACUCUGCUGGUUCAACUAGAGUAUAUAGAGUACAACUACAGCAAUAUCUGACCCAGGUAACGUGUGCAGUAUAUUGCUUUGACAAGCACAUACCUUUCUGUGAGAUAAUGGGCCUUAUCUAACUUUUCACGGGAGCAAAGUUACUUUUUCGAAUAAUUUACCCAGAAAAUAAAAUUCAUAUUACACCAAUUAGUUUUUAUUAAUUUUUUAAUACAUAGUAAAACUUUUUUUUUUUUUUAUCAUGUAAGUAAGUAAAACUCUGAUAUCUCUGACAAAUCUGAGCAGGAAUUCUACUAUGAAGAGCAACAGUUUUUCAUUAUACCCUAAGUAGUAUAAUACAAAGCUGACAUGUUCCACUGUUGUGAAAUAUCACAAUGCAAAUGUGAUAUUUCAGAUAAAUCAAAUGGUCCUAUCUAAUGCAUUAUUCUUUGUAUGAUUUUUUUCAGUUCAUCAUUGCUGUCUUUGUUUUUGCGUUUCUCUUACUCAGAUCCUUACUUACUGAUCCUGGUGGUUAGCUGACAGUGAAAAUAGUCGUGUUGCAUUGUUACCGUGUGACCUCUGAUGCACCAUGUUAGACACUUUGUACUUUUGGGCUGUUAGCGUAGGACAGUAUAUACUGUUGUAGCUGUAACCUCAGUAUGUAUGUAUGUCUGUU